CGAAAUUUUAAAGAAAGGCCGAGUGAUCUGCAAGCUUUUUCGCCCGAAGCCAGAGACGUCGUGAGAGACGAGGGCAGCAUCCAGCAUGUCGCUGGAUCGCAGUAGUAGAAUGCGGAUCUUGUCCAUCGCUGCUGGGUUGCUCUUGGUGCUACAGCCAGCAAUGUGCUCCUUGAAGGACCCUGUUGCAUAUGCACAAGACCUGAGGGACAACAGAGAGGCCGCAAUCGCAGCAGACAGCCUGCUGGGCAGAAUCACCCCACUGUACACCGGCUAUGCUUCCUUAAACUCUGCAGUCCCAGUCAAAGUCCUGGUGAACUGCCACUAUGGGCCAGUCCCAGUGAAUGGAACAGCCUCGAGCAGCGCCUCUGCCAAGCAGUACAUCGAUGACAUCUCCUACAUUGUGGGAGAUGGAUACCAGCCAGUGGUGGAGAAGCAGGAGAAAGGCACCUACAACCAGAGCUGGUCUCUAGGCAUCACAUGGGGCGGCAUGUGCCUGAUUGUCGACGGCAUGCCAUCCUGCAACUACACAUUCAAUGCAAUCUCUCGCGCGUCGGGCUUAACACAGAUCACACGAGUGCCCAAAGGUGGCAGCGUGGAGUUUGUCAGCUGUGGAGUCUACAUGGACAAUGCAAUUGUGACCAGCAAAACAUGCUUCCAGGAUGACUCGACAACGGUUGUGCCAAUCACGGUGCCCUUUGCUGAACAGUCAGUAUCCAAGAUAUCCUUCAUCUCAACAUACAGGGACUCUUCACCAGAUGGUCCUCCAGGGGAAUACUCCCUGACGUACGCCUGCCAGUUUGACUGGAACAGUGCGCUCAUCUUCAACCCUCUUGGAAACUUUGCUGGCCUGGACCCUCGCAUCACUGCAGUCGUUCCCAACCACCAGAACGGGGGAUUUGGGCCAAAGGGCAACGGCGGCAACGAGGGGCGCCGCCUGCUUAGGCAGACAGGGGGGUCUCCCACCGAGUGACACACACUAGCUUCUGCCAGGAAGGCACUGCAGAUAAUGAGGAGACUGACAGGAAUAAACUGAGAGCAGGGCGCACUGGCCGUCUUGCUAGGAUAGAGGCUUGGCACGCACCCAUUCCAAGAUCUGAUGCUGGAUAUGUAUCAAUACAAAAUGAGAAUGGUUGCAAUGGUAGAUGUGCUCCCUCUUCUGGCAUUGAAGGCAGCCAGAUGUUUCAAGAGGAUAUUAAGUGCGAUCAGUCCAAGGCAGUUGAGUCAAAUUACAAUCGCGGGGUUUCUGCAAACCCGCGCUACUGAAGACAACUGAAGAGUACUGCAAAUAUCAAAGCUGAAAUUUACAUAAUGGUCGACUUAGCCAGAAGAGUGGCAUUUUUUCAGUGAUCCCAUUGUGGCCGUAAAGAAAGUGAGGGAUUGCACGGUGCCCUUUUUGUCUCGUCUCUGCGUUCAGGACUCUUCGGAGUGUGAAGUUUCUUUGAUCCGCUCAGCAUGGGCCUGAGGAUGUUGGCGAAUUGGAUGCAUGCUGUGUUUGAUUUUAGAUUUGGAGGCCACUCCUCAUGACAGUGAGAAGUGAUUUCAUGCACUAUCUCUGCCAGGUUGAAUGACUCCGCAGGAAAUAAUCAGACUCUCAGACCUGAGCACGAGCCAGUCAAAGUAUGAUUUAGACUGUCUUGCAAGGCAUCGCAGUAUGUAUAUGUCAUUCAGAUGAAGCUGAAGCUGAACCUGAUCCUUGAGAGGGCCCCUUCUGACUCUUGUUUGCAGAUAUUUUGAUAUGUUGCCUGAGAGGUGUGAUUACAGGUGCCCUAGGAGUAUUAUUUUUGAUGGACUUUUGUGCAUGGCUAAAUAUGCAACUGGCUUGGAACAUAUUCCUUUUUAUAUAACCUUGUUGUCUUAGGCACGUGUGUAAGCAUGCAUUACAAUGU